CACAAUCUGUAUAAUAGAAAUCGUGUCGCAAUGAAUAUGAUAAAGGGAUGCUUAUUUAACUUUAAGGAGUUUUAAGUUGAUUGGAAAGCUUAAAAUUAAGGAAUAAUCAGUGAUUUCGGAGUACCAUAUAAAUAAAGGAAACCACUUAAUUCCAGUGAUUGUGUUGUGAAUUGACCCAAUUUUAACCCAGCCAUGAGUACUGACGGUGGCGCCUCGGAGGUCCCAGUGGAAGAGGAGGGGCUGUUUUCAGUCCUGGACUUUUUCAUUCUGUCUGUACUGGCGGGCAUGGCCGCUUACUGGUUCUUCUUCAAGAGCAAGAAACAGGAACAGCCAACCUUCAAAAAGCUGACUGUACAACCAGUUCAAGGAAGAAUGAAUGAUCCUAGUUUCAUCAACAAAAUGAAAUCUUCCGGUAGGAAUGUUAUUGUGUUUUAUGGUUCACAAACUGGCACAGCAGAAGAAUUUGCUGGUCGCUUGGCUAAAGAUGCCCAGGGAUUCGGCAUGAAAGGCAUGGUGGCGGAUCCAGAGGAGUGUGAAAUGGACAAUCUUAGCAGUCUACCAGAAAUAGAGAAUUCUCUAGCUAUAUUUUGUAUGGCUACCUAUGGAGAGGGAGACCCCACAGACAAUGCCCAGGAAUUCUACAACUGGCUACAGAAUGGGGAAUCCGAUCUAACAGGAGUCAAAUUUGCUGUGUUUGGAUUAGGAAAUAAGACAUAUGAACAUUACAAUGCUAUGGGAAUCUAUGUAGACAAAAGAUUAGAAGAGCUGGGAGCGGAGAGGAUCUAUGACUUAGGACUGGGAGAUGAUGAUGCCAAUAUUGAGGAAGAUUUUAUAACCUGGAGGGAGAAGUUUUGGCCGGCGGUGUGUGAACACUUCGGUGUUCAGCCCACCGGGGAUCAAGUCAGUAUACGCCAGUAUAGCCUCACUGUCCAUGAUGAUCUAUCAAUAGAGAAAUGUUACAAGGGAGAAAUUGCCAGAUUAGGAUCAUUUGGAAACCAAAAACCACCCUACGAUGCUAAGAACCCGUUUUUGGCACCUGUGAGUGUGAACCGAGAACUUCACAAAGGCGGAGACAGGUCCUGUAUGCAUAUUGAGUUUGACAUUACAGGAUCAAAGAUCAGAUAUGAGGCAGGAGACCAUGUGGCGGUGUACCCUGUCAAUGAUCCAGAGCUGGUGGAACUAAUCGGAAAAACCUUAAAUGUGGAUCUAGAUCAAAUGUUCACCCUCACUAAUGUCGACGAGGAGGCCAGUAAGAAAUACCCCUUCCCGUGCCCCACCACCUACCGCACUGCUCUCUCCCACUACCUCGAUAUCACAGGGACACCAAGGACACACAUUCUACGGGAACUGGCAGAAUACGCACAGGACCAGAAAGAUAAAGAUUUCCUGUUAAAACUGACAUCUUCUACACCAGAGGGCAAGACAUUGUACAGUGAUUGGGUGGUUAAGGACAGGAGAAACAUCACAGCUAUACUAGAGGACCUACCUUCUGUCAAACCUCCUAUCGACCAUCUCUGUGAACUGUUACCUAGGUUACAGGCUAGAUACUAUUCCAUUUCUUCAUCUCCUAAGGUCAAUUCUACUAGUAUACAUAUAACAGCGGUUGUAGUCAAAUAUAAAACCAAGACAAAUAGGACGAUGAAAGGAGUUGCUACCAACUGGCUGACCCUAAAGAGACCGACCAAUGGCAUUAAACCUACUGUUCCCAUCUACGUCAGGAAAUCUCAGUUCCGUCUUCCUUUCAAGGCCAACACACCAGUCAUAAUGAUCGGACCCGGCACAGGGUUAGCUCCCUUUAGAGGAUUUAUUCAAGAAAGGAAUUUCCUAAGGAAAGAGGGUAAGCCUGUGGGAGACACUGUGUUGUACUUUGGUUGUCGUCGUAAGACGGAGGAUUAUUUAUACGAGGAGGAACUGGAGGAAUACACUAAGGACGGCACCCUGACUAAGGUCCACCUGGCCUUCUCCCGCGAUGGACCGGACAAGGUGUACGUACAACAUCUCCUCAGGCAGAACAUGGAGGAAACCUGGAAGAUGUUAGAGAAGGGAGGGCAUAUAUAUGUGUGUGGUGAUGCUCGUAACAUGGCAAGAGAUGUACAUGAAACAUUAGAGAAAAUUAUCAUGGAAUGUGGCAAUAUGGAUAAAGAAAAGGCAACCAAUUAUGUGAAACAGAUGCAGAACAAGGGACGCUACUCUUGUGAUGUAUGGAGCUGAAGAUGGCCAUUCAUUAUUCAACAGAUCUGUUCAGAGUGGCUGACCAAAGUGAUAAAGGGAAAAAAUAUUGUACCAGAGAUUGAUUGUGUUUUAAAAGAGGAAAGUUUUAAUUUCAAAUCUUUAGUAUGAAUUAGCUGACAUAGUGUGUAUAUUUUUAAGUAUUUGAUAGAAUAUAUUUUACACUUUUUCAUAUAUGAAAAGCAAUUUUGUAAAGCAUUGUUUAAAUUCUUUAGUCAUAAGUAUUUAUGUUUACUUCAAUAAUCAGUUUCUUUUAUAAAUGUUUUUUUUUGCUGAAUUGCUGAAUACCUAUUGAUCUGACAUAUUGUCAGGUUAUUGUUGGGUUUUCCAUGCACAAAAGGGCUUUCAUCAUAAGUGAAUGAUUACAGUCAUAAUAAUGAAUUAUUUCCUCUGUUAUGAAGUGUAUAUGAUGUUUUGGCCUUACUUAAUCUCUGAUUAGUAAAAAGUCAAAAGUAAAAAGUUAGUCAUUUUUAAAAUUUAAUUUUAAUUUCCAUUUGGUACUGAGACUGCCUUUAGAGAUUUCUCCAAAUUGUUCUUUUGUACUAGGAAGCUUCGAAAAAGGCUUGAUCCCUUUUAUGACGAGAUUUCUCCAUGUGUAUGUUUGUAUAAAAAUGAUUCCAAAUAUUGUUUUUAAAAACAUGGCAUUAUGACCCAAUUGUUAAAAACAUCAUGUUACCCCAUAAUGUUUGUUCACUUCAGAUUCAUUGUAAUCAAGUUUGUUCACUGCUUUGAAUCACUUUUACACAGUUUUUAUUUGUACAAUGUUUGUUUAUUAUUAUUUUUGUGAUUGGAAAGAAAUAAGAAAUUUAAAACAUAAUUUUCUAUCAUGGUGCUGAGAUAUUAAUAGAUUUAUAUUGUGAGAACCAAAUUGUACUCUUUGCAUACUUAAUUUUUAAUACUAUGAAUUACCUCAUUUGAAUAUGAAAUUAAAUGAAUGCUGCUAUAUAAUGGCAUUUAACAGAAUACUUCAUUAAGUGAUAAAACAUGUUUUUGAUAAUAUAUUCUUCAUAUGUGCUGGUAAAUACAUCAAGAGAUUGAAAGUACUAUGUCAUUGAUCAAGAAGCGAUUAAUUUUACAAUUUUUUUUGUAAAUAUAUAUAUUGUCCUUGUCCGUGUAUAGUAGUUGGUAGAUCUCCAUUUUAUGUCCAAGCAUUACAAUUAAUUAAUCAAGUAAAUGAUUUUAUUUUGAU